CGGCGCCACUGUUACUCUACUUCCAAACGCUUAAAUAGGUUUACCACUAGCCACACCAACUCGAUUCUCCUCCAACAUCCAACUUAAUUCAGGAAAAGGAUUGCUGAUUGACUCAAUUUGCGUAGCGGAUCAUUGCAUUCGCGUCUCGUCAACUUCGUUCGAGGAGUUUCAAUGGCGUCCAAGUUCGGUCUGGCCGGGGGGUUGCCGGAGCGGCGAGUUCGACCGAUAUGGGACGCCAUAGAUUCGAGGCAGUACAAGAAUGCUCUCAAAGCUAUAACAACGUUGCUUGCCAAAUAUCCGAAUGCGCCUUACGUCCUGGCACUUAAAGCGUUGGUUUUGGAAAGAAUGGGGAAGCCUGAGGAAGCCUUAUCUGUCUGUUUAAGUGCCAAAGAGGUACUGUUUUCGAAUGAUUCUUUCUUGACGGACGAUCUUACUCUGAGCACGUUACAAAGUGUUUUCCAGCGACUUGACCACAUGGACUUUGCAACUAGCUGUUAUGAAUAUGCGUGUGGAAAAUUUCCAAACCACCUUGAUCUGAUGAUGGGGCUUUUCAACUGCUAUGUCCGCGAGAAUUUGUUUGUUAAACAGCAGCAGACAGCCAUCAAGAUGUAUAAACUUGCAGGUGAAGAAAGAUUUUUGCUCUGGGCGGUUUGUAGCAUCCAAUUGCAGGUGCAUUAUAGUGAUGGUGGGGAAAAGCUGUUGUUAUUAGCUGAGGGCUUACUCAAAAAGCAUAUUGCCUCCCAUAGCUUACAUGAACCUGAAGCUAUUAUGGUCUACAUUUCAAUAUUGGAACAACAAGCCAAGUAUGGAGAUGCUUUGGAAGUUCUUACUGGGAAACUGGGAUCAUUAUUAACAGUUGAAGUUGAUAGACUUCGCAUACAGGGGAGGCUUCUUGCUCGGGCAGGUGAUUUUGCUGACGCUGCCAAUAUAUUCCAGAAAAUUUUGGAGUUACGCCCUGAUGAUUGGGAGUGUUUCCUACAUUAUCUAGGCUGUCUGCUGGAGGAUGAUAGUUACUGGUGCACUGAGGAGAAUGUUGAUCCAAUUCAUCCACCAAAAAAGGUGCUUUGCAAGAUUUCACCUUUGUCGGACGAAUUGUUUGAUUCUCGUAUAUCAGAUGCAUCAGCUGUUGUACAAAAACUACAAGAAGAUAGUCAGAACAAACUUUUAAGGGGUCUAUUCUUUGCAAAUCUUGAAAUUGAAAGGAGAAAGCACAUGCAUGGCAAGGGUAAUGACGAAAAGUUGUUGGGGGCUCUUACCGAUUAUUGGGUCAGAUUUGGUCACCUAGCCUGCUUUGCUUCUGAUGUUGAAAUGUUCGUUGAGGUGUUAGCUCCUGAUAAGAAGACUGAAUUACUCGAGAAUUUAAAGAAAAUCACUCCUUCAGCAUCUAUCAUCACAACUAAGGCCCUUGGACAGUCGAUGACGCUUUUAAGACUUCAAGUUCUGUGUGGAAAUAUGUUCCAUCGGUCAGACUCUGAACUUGAGCAUUGUGCAGUACAGAUGGCAGAGAUCUACUGUAAAAACCUCCCACUUUCAAAAGAUUUAGAUCCUCAAGAAAGUAUGCACGGGGAAGAGAUUUUAUCACUGAUAUGCAAUCUGCUGGUUGAGCUCUUUUGGCGUACACAAAAUUUUGGCUACAUUAUAGAGGCUAUUCUGGUGUUGGAGUGGGGCUUGACCAUCGGAAGAUAUGCUUACCACUACAAGAUUUUAUUGCUGCACUUGUAUUCCUAUUUAGGGGCCUUUCCAAUGGCUUAUGAAUGGUAUAAAUGUUUAGAUGUAAAGAAUAUCCUGGUGGAAACUGCUACCCACCACAUUUUACCCCAGAUGUUGGUAUCUCCUCUUUGGGUAGGUCUAAGUAAUCUUUUAAAGGACUACUUGAAGUUUAUGGAUGACCACUUGAGAGAGUCGGCCGAACAUUCGUUUCUUGCAUAUCGCCAUAGAAAUUAUUCAAAAGUUGUUGAAUUUGUUCAAUUUAAAGAACGGUUGCAAAACUCCAGUCAGUAUCUAGUUGCAAAAGUUGAAGAAUCUAUUUUACGAUUAAAGCAACAUGCACAUAGCAUUGAAGAAGAGGAGGCUGUUCUUGAGAACCUGAAAUCUGGAAUUCGCUUGGUUGAGCUUUCUAAUGAGAUCCCUUCUAAACCUCUGACAUUCAAUGAAGAUUUUCAGUCACGUCCGUGGUGGACUCCAACAUCAGAAAAAAAUUAUCUUUUAGGUCCUCAUGAAGAAAUUUCCUAUCGUGCGAGAGAGAACUUGAGCCAAGAUCUGGAAGCUGGUGUUAGGAGAAAUAUUGAGAGGAGAUCUCUUCUUCCUCGCAUGCUUUUCCUUUCUGUUCGGAGUGUUUCUACGUCAAUCAAGGAAAACUUUGAGAUUAAUGGUUCUCUAUCUGAUCCUAAAAUCUCCACGGAGCUAAAAAAUUUGCUUGAGCGCUAUGCAAAAAUGUUAGGAUCUACUUUCGAGAAUGCAGUUGAUCUGGUUACGGGGGUUUCUGAUGGACUAAGUUCUUAUAAGGAUUUUGGCACCAAUUUGGUUGAAUGGUUUAAUUUUGCUGUGUUUCUAAAUGCAUGGAACUUGAGUUCUGGUGGAUGUCGGUCUCGCACCUGGCAUAUUGUCGAUUCUCUUCUGGAAAAGUACAUUUUGGAGGGUGUUGCAUCCUUGGAGUCCACAAUAUUCACUCCUUACGAGAAUAUGCGCACGCUCGUGCAGGUGGUCUCAGAGCCAUUAGCUUGGCAUGGCCUUAUACUCCAGGCAUGCGUUCGAUCUUCUCUUCCAUCUGGUAAAAGGAAGAAGAAAACAGGAUCAGCUGAGCUAUCCUCUUCUCCUCUAUAUGUUGCACUACGGGAUUCAACACAAUCUCUGUGUAGUACUCUAGAGUCUUUGCUGAAGUGGUUAAUCGUCAACCAAUCAGAUGAUGGUAAAUUAGAAGCCAUACUUUCGUCUAUGCAAAACGAUGGAAAUAAUGAUGGACCUGGGCAAGUAUUUCAGAUUCUCGAAACUUCAACGUUGUCCAUGGACAGUACAGAACUUGGUCAUUGGAUUACUGGAGCAUUUAAGUGUUGGAAUACUGUAAAGGUCGCAAGAAAGCUAGUUACUGGGAAGCAUGUAGUGUUAAAUGAGUUUAUAAAAAAUUGUGAAUCAAAAUUCAAAUCAGUUCAGAAAUUGAAACAACAAUUAUCUCAAAUCUGAAGGCCUGCUACAUUCAUUCCCCAUUGAUGCCACAUCGCUUUGGUUUCAUUCAGCCAGCCAAAAUUCAUCUCCGGAAGAAUAUUGAGUUUUGAGUUGAGUUCUGUUUUUCAUUCGAGUCAUUAUACACCCAAGAUUUUGCUCGGCAACAAUGAUGAGGCGGUGGUUGAUCUCGAGAGGGGACUCUACAGUUCGAUAGAUUAGGCGGUGGUUGAUCUCGAGAGGGGACUCUACAGUUCGAUAGGCUGAAACCAAAUAAACAACUUUUUCUUGCUUUAUACUUGAGGGGAAGUUUUAGAUUGAUAGUUUUUAGUACGAUUUUGAGUUUCAAGCUCAAGUUCUGUAAGAUCCAAUUUGUCGUGGGUUUUGGCUUCAGCCCGUAGGAGUAUGGUCACACACUGUUGGAAGAAUCUACCUUACGAAUUUUGUAUGAAUUUUGUAUGAAGGAAAAUUGCAAAUGACAGAGCCAAGGUUAAUUGAGAUCCGAAUUUGUAUUCUA